AUGAACCAAUCAUCAGUAACUGAAUUUAUCUUGCUUGGUCUCACAGAUAUAGUAAAGGUCCAGUUAAGUCUUUUUGGAAUAUUUUUGAUGUUUUACAUGGUGACAAUUUUUGGGAACUUUUCCAUUAUGGUCUUCACACGAAUAGACCAAAGUCUUCACACACCCAUGUAUUUCUUCUUAUGGAAUUUGUCUUUCAUUGACUUAUGCUUCUCCUCUGUUGCUGUUCCUAAAAUGCUGAUAGAUUUUUUGGUAGUCAAGAAAACAAUUUCUUUUGGUGGCUGCAUUUCUCAGAUACAUUUCUUUCAUUUCCUUGGUAGCACAGAGGUCAUGCUCCUAACUACCAUGUCCUUUGAUCGAUAUGUAGCCAUUGGUAACCCUUUGAGAUAUAUGCAGAUCAUGAAUAGCAAGGUCUAUACGACGUUAGCUUUGGUCUCUUGGGUGGCUGGAUUUUUCCAUGCAUUGAUACACACUGUCUUAACGGCAAAGCUUCCAUUUUGUGGACCAAAUUUAGUAAAUCACUUUUUCUGUGACGUUAAGCCUGUAUUGAAGUUGGCUUGUACAGACACGACUUUGAACCUGUAUCUUCUUAUCAGGAUAACUGGAACUUUAGCAAUAACAUCUUUUGUCCUAACUUUUCUCUCUUAUAUUUGUAUCAGUAAAUUUUUGUUAAGGAUUAAGACAGCGACAGGAAGAAAAAAUGCAUUGUCCACGUGCAGUGCACACCUCACAGUGGUGGUACUUCUCUAUGGCACAGCCAUAUUCACUUAUGUACGUACUUCCACCAAGAAUGCAUUAGAUCAAGAUCGAGUUAUUGCAGUUCUAUUCACUGUUGUAACACCUGCUCUCAACCCAAUGAUAUAUACAUUACGUAAUAAAGAUAUGAGGAAAGCUUUCAUGAAAAUAAUGGGAUUGAAAUCAAAAAGGUAA